AUGGCUGAACGCUGUAUUAAUUUUAAUCCAAGUGUAUUUAAGCCGAAUAUAUGUCGUGACUGUUUUCUAAAUAAACAAUACCAUCAAAAUAGUGUAACUCCAAAUGAAAAUAGUUUAUCUGCUGUUCAAAAGCCUACCUGUCAUGAAACAACUGAUAGCAAUAAUAAAUGCAGUCAGAAUGAAAUAGCUACAAAUUCUCAACCAGUAUCAGUUCAAACAUCAUCACAAACUAUGCUUUCACACUGUAAAUAUGGUUUGUCAUGUGAUAGAACAAAUCCUAAUCAUUUUGACCGUUAUUCACAUCCACCGGGCUUUAAAAGACAGAAAAAACCCUCUGAGAUUGGCGACGUUGGCAUCCCUACUGUUAGCAAUGAUAGUUCUUCUUCGAUGGAAUCCACGUGUAGCCUUGCUACUGAACGCGAGCUCAAACUAAAAAAACAACUUGAAGAACAGAAGAAAUCCGAACUUCAUUUCAUUGAACUCGUGCAGAAUAAAGUAGAAAGCUUGAUCGCUCAUUUACAACUGAAAGAAGAAGAAGUUGCAAAAUUGCGUCAAGAUCUAAAUAAAAUGGUUACAUAUAAUCAACAAUUAGAAAUAGCACUUGGAGAAGAAAUAGAUCAUCGUGAACAACGUGAAUUAGAACGGAAACAAAUCUUGACUAUUCCAAGACAAACUCCAGUAUAUUGGGGUCUGAAUGCAUUUGAAGAGCCUUAUCGUGAAAUCGAAGUAUCGGCUCGAUCACUCGAAUUUGAUAUUAUCCAGCAGCUGUUGAAUUCAACAAUAUCAAAACAUGACAACCAAUACGGAACAGUUAAUGGACAUGAUCCAACGGAAUUUUUAAUAAACAGAAUAGACAUGAUCAUUCGUCAAAAUAAUGAUCAACUGGCCAAUUGUGGUAGUUCGAUUUACUUGGAAGCUUAUCCAAUAUUAACACCUCUGUUAGAUACAAGAACGAACGAAUAUUGGCUUUUUCACGGAUGUAGCCAAAAUAAUUUAUGUCACUUGUUACAUAGUGGUUAUGAUCCUCGUGUUUCCAAUAUAAAAGGCAGAUUUGGAGGUGGUUUCUAUUUGACUGAGAAUUCCUCAAAAUCAAGUCGAUAUAUUCCUUGCCCUGGAUGUGGUCAAAAUUCUAUAGGUACUACUUCAGGAUGCAGUUGUAUUAAUCAUGAAGAUCUCGAGUUUUCAAUGGUUCUUUAUCGUGCUGCAUUGGGUGAUGUGCAUGUAGUACUGAAAUAUAAAAGAGAAAAAUAUAGAUGUGGCCCUAAUAGACAACUUAUUCGUCGCCCACCUAAGAAAACGCACGGUAAAGAAUUGUAUGAUUCAGUGAUGGGUGAAAGCAUGAAAAAUGGUGGCGAUCGACUGAAACAUCGUGAAUUUAUUCUAUAUGACACAGGUCAAGCUUAUCCUGAAUAUGUUAUUUAUUUUCGCCGUUCAGCAAAAAACACACUUCAACGGAGCAAUAUAGAAGACUUGAAAAAGAAAUGUCAAAAUUUAUUGGUUAAUGCAUUAUGA